GAGACCCAAGAUGCCUCAACACCAGAUGAACACUCUCUGCUGUAAAAUGAGAGAAAGAUUUCCCAAGUUAGGGAAUAUUUUCACAUGGCAACUGCUCAAAACUCUGCUGAUGGGACAGGGGCUUUCGGCUCUGAUCUGUGGAACUGCUGUAACAUCUCAGUAUCUGGCUUCUAUUUACUACAUGAAUACACCCAUGCUGCAGAGCUUCCUUAAUUAUAGCCUCUUGUGCAUCACUUACACCAUGGCACUGAUCUUCAGAAGAGGUGAUGGAAAUAUUUUGCAGAUAUUAAAGACCAGAGGGUGGAAGUAUUUCUUGUUGGGACUAACAGAUGUGGAGGCUAAUUAUGCAGUCGUAAAAGCUUACCAGUAUACAACAUUAACCAGCAUUCAGCUCCUGGAUUGCUUUGUUAUCCCAGUUCUGAUGAUCCUGUCCUGGAUCUUCCUAAAGACCCGCUAUAGGAUAAUUCACUACGUGGCUGUAUGUGUAUGUUUGGCUGGUGUGGGAGCCAUGGUGGGGGCAGACAUCCUUGCUGGCCAGGACCAGGGAUCUACAAGUGACAUUCUCCUUGGGGAUGGUCUGGUUCUCGUCAGUGCUUCUCUGUAUGCUGUCUCUAACGUGUGCCAAGAGUACACAGUGAAGAACUUGAGCAGGGUGGAAUUUCUUGGCAUGGUUGGGCUCUUUGGAACGAUUAUCAGUGCAAUACAACUAGGCAUUCUUGAAUAUAAUGAAGUGUCUAAAAUUCAGUGGACAUGGAAAAUCGCACUUGUCUUGGUUGGAUAUGCACUAUGCAUGUAUGCCUUCUAUAGCUUUAUGCCUGUGGUGGUAAAGAUGACCAGUGCCACAGUGGCCAAUCUUUCCCUGCUUACUGGAGACCUCUUCAGCCUGUUUUGUGGGCUCUUUUUGUUCCAAUAUACAUUUUCAGGACUAUAUAUUGUCUCAUUGGUGGUGAUCCUAAUUGGUUUCAUCAUGUUUAAUGCUGUCCCUACACUGAGCCCAGCUCUCGCCCCAAUGUCUGAUGGUGAAGGUUAUGACAAUCAUGCCGCUGAGUUUGAUAACGAGAGCACUCAAGGCUGUGUCAAGGAGAUAAUCUGUGAAAAUACAGAGCUAGAAAGAUAUCAAUUCAAGAACCGGCUAAAUGAAGGGCAGCCAGCAUGUGUUGUCAUAAGAAGUGCUAAAAUGUAGCCUUAAUAAAUCAUGCACAUUAAUCAGAAUGGUCAAUUAGACCAUAGACAUUUUUAAAUAGUUACUUUGUCAUUAUAUUUUAAUAUUGGUCUAUUGAUUAAAAUGUGUCAACCUCACAAUUGUGAGAAUUACUUACAUUUGUGUUUUAAGGAUAUAACUGCUUAAUAAUAACAUUUAGUUCAUGUUCUUGUCACAUCACAUUUUUGUGUGUUUAAGCUGCUAAACUGUAUUAUUAUUGCUAGAGCAAACUGAUAUUUGUGGCGCAGGAGGCCAUCAUCAUAUCUUUAAAUGUAUAUUUAAACACAAGAUUAGAAAACAUAACGUAUAACAAAAUUAUUAGAACUUUAAAAUGAAAUGGAUAUAUUACUGUAAACUUAAUGGAUUGCAAAACAUUUUGUUUAAUAUAUUUUUCUGUCAUUUUAAAUCAUGUCCAAAUUGUUUUGUGUUGUGUCUACAAUAAAAGAAUGA